AUGACUACGUCCUCCUCAGGUAUUGCCACGUCUGGCAAGACUCCCCAAGAUAUUGAAAAACGCCUUCAGAUUCUAUUUGCGGAAGGUCAAAGUUUUCUAAAGUCAUCCAGCGUACAGUUGCAGUACAUGAGUGAUCAUGGCCUAUUGGAUAAAGGCGGCAAGCGAGUCCAAAAACAUAUACAAAAGUACCAAGAUGCACAGCUUGGCUCUAAAGCAGUUAUUGCGUUUAUUGGAGAGUCUGGAGCAGGAAAGUCCACACUUUUGAAUGCACUGCUUGAUCGUGAGAAUAUCGUUCCAACAUCUGGUAUCAGAGCUUGCACUUCUGUCGCUACUGAGUUCAGCCGCCGAACCACUACCAUGAAAUCACAGUUCUAUGCUGUUAUCGAGUUUGUCAAACGCGAGGAGUUCGAGAAAGAAGUCGAAAUACUUCGAUAUGAUAUCACUGGGGAAGAUGGAACGCAAUUUGACACCGAGGAUGGAUAUUGCAUGUUAUCUGCGAGCGAAGACGAAGAAAACAAAAGUAACACCAAUAUACCCACAUUUAAACGCCGUCGUCUCUCAGAUUCCUCCUCAGCCGGUGCCGCUACAGUAGCAAGAGAUAAAAUGAAGGCUUUGUUCCCGGGAUUUCAAGACUGUGAUCUUUCGAAUGUUUCGGAGAUGGUAAAAGAACUAUAUGACGGGACCGAGACACUAUCAGUGGGGCAACAGAUUAUUGAGAGCGAUGAUGAAGACGAAUUUGUAGAACAGGUCCACCAAAUGAUCGCAAACCGAGGUGACGAUGAAGAUACAGAGCCCCAGCUUUGGCCACUUAUCAAAAUAAUGAGGAUCCAUCUAGACGCAGAGGUCCUCGAUGGUGAUGCGAUCCUCGUUGAUCUUCCGGGACUAAAAGAUGAUAACGCAGCCCGAGCAGCUGUCGCUCAGUCGUACCUUGCCAAAGCAAACGAAGUCAUUAUUGUUUCUCGCCUAGCUCGAGCUCUUACAGAUGAAACUACAGCGGCAUUAGCGGAAAUGGGAUAUACAAAACAGUUACAAUUUGAUGGUAGGAGAAGAAUUACUAUCAUAUGCUCGUUUUGUGAUCUUUUUCGACCAAACGAUGCGCGACAAGAGUUUAAAAACGUCAAAGGUUUUUGUGCAAGCUAUGAUGAACUGAGCAAAAGAGUGAAAGCUAUACCAUCGCGGCGAGAGCUAAAGAAUUUCAGCACUGACGAGCAGAAGAAAUUUAAAAAGGAAGCGGAAGAGGCAAAUAAAGAACUCCGGGAACUUUGUUUUAAGACCCGGGAUGAACAGGUACCUAUCUUGCUAAGCAAGGUAUAUGGCCGUCUACUCGGAGGAAACAUCAAGAUCAAAAGUUUCCUCGUAGCAUCAAAGGAGUACCAAGAUUAUAUUGAAAAGUUUGGAGACGAACUAGAUGACGAAGAAUUUGCGGUAGUGAAGCGAACUCAGAUUCCGCAACUUCGAGACUAUUGUAUCAAGAUACCUAUCGAGCAAAAGGUGCACCGAACGAAGUUCUUCAUCAACAGCGUUUGGAGAGCGUUUGGAGCUGCUCGAUUCCUGGUUGAGGACCUUGGAACCUCUCUUAGCCAAAAUAUCAGAGAAAACAUCUGCACCGAUCUUGAGAAGGCUGCGACCAGUAUGCAAAAGGGACUUGUGGGCCUUCAGCAAAAGUGUUCAGAAAACAUCGACAAAACAAUCGCAGAGAUUGUUGACAAUACAGAUUUACUUGCAAAAGACAGCUCUGGUCACUGCAAGAAUGUCCAGAAUAAGUUCAGAAAAGAUUUUCGUUGGCAUACUUAUCGGGCAGUGUGCAGAAGACAUGGAGAAUGGAAAUUUGACUCUAAAAAUCUAAACCAACGACUUUUGCAGACUAUUGAUGAAGGACUCGCAAAAAUCUGGAAUCCUUCAAUGGCAAAGAUUCAAAAAAGUCUUUCGGAGUAUACUUCUAAGCUUGAUAAACAAUUAACUGUAUUCGAAAGACGCUGGGAGAGCAUAAUUUAUCAACAUUGCCCUGCUCCCCCGGAGGAGCUACAACAAAGCAUGAAGACUAUAUUGAAUUCACUGAAUGCAAUGUCCGUUGGUACUCAAAAGCUAUCGGCAGACCAGAUCCAGAAAGUUAAUGAUCAACAAAGGGAAAUAAAUCGGGAAUUUACUUCGACGGGGCGAAUCAAAGAAGCUAUGCGUGCUACUUACGACUAUGCGGGGAAAGAAUUUGGUCCGGGAUCUUAUGGUCGUAUGAUCGAUGUUGUAUCGGAUGGGAUCGAGAAAACGGAUGUAUUCAAUGAAAUCAAAGAUGCGAUAUCCCUAGGUUUACGAGACCUCGAGAAAACUCUUAACGAGGAAAAUAUAAGAUGGUGCCAGGAUAUCGGCGAAGAGCUCGAGACCAAUAUCAAAAAUUGGAUUUCGUUGUCGGACAAAGUGGAACAAGCCGAAAUUGAAGAGAAGGCCAAGCUGAAAGUGAUUAUAUCAAAAUUUGAACCUAGGAUGAAGAAUCUACUUUCCGAUACAAAUGAGCUUGAGGCGCAGCUAUAG